UGGUAUCGUGCCAUCUCUAUCUAUCAGUCAGUCAAAAAUUCAAGACUUUAGUCGUCGACACGGCUAAAGUUUUAAAGUUUUUACGAUACUCCAAAAGUAACUUUGUACGUGUAAUCUUGUGUUUCGAAGCACCUGUUUAUUGUUUUAAAGUUAAUAAAUGGUGUGUAAUCAAUGAGAAGUUUGUUUUCGUGAUGUAUGAAGGCUGUGUAACUGUUUAUUGUUUCAUGUAGGUGGCUACCUACUAUUGUAGUUGGGCCCAAUGUGAAAGUGUUUUGGCAUAAAAUUCAGAUCCCAUUGUUCAAUCUUUCCGGGUGUAUACUGGGAAAAACGCUAAUAAGUGUGAUUUGCAUAAGACGUCGCUUAAUUUUAGUGAAAUGUGUGUUAUUUUAGUGUUUAAUUUUGUAUAGCCACAUAAUUAAAAUUUGCAUGGAAUCCACGGCAGCUACAAUGAAUUUACAACCAUUGGAGAACAUAUUUUCUUCAGACGAGGGCGGCGGCAGUUCGGACUCUCGCUCCGACAGCAGCGAGGACGAGGUCACAGAGCACGUGACGAGAUCCACGCCACCACCAGACAUGGCCGCCGCCAGGGCACAGGUGCCAACGAUAAGCGUGACCCCGCACAGCCCGGGGUUGCUUGAAGACAGUUUGCAGCAGCUGCGACGAUUGCAUGCCGCUGUGCAGCGCAUGAGAACUGCGCCAUUACCUUUAUUGGCAACUGGCACGAGUCGUCUCAGCACAUCAUGUCCGUCUCUCUGCAAGGAUGGAGUGGUGGAAGCCGACUGCUCUUCACCAACACAUCUCGACUUCUACCCUCAGAGCCGGAAGGGCAGCGGGGAGUCCAGACAAUGGGGUCUAUGGGAGCGUCGCGACGAGGGCCGGCGCAGCAGUUGGGCGGCGCUGGAGCCCGGGCCACGGACACACGACACGCACAGACAGCGCAAUGCGCUGAACGGUCACAGCGCGUCGCUGUCCUCCAUGGAGUCCGAGGGCGAGGUGCCGCGGCCUGUUAGACAUUCCACACACUCGCUCAAUGAUAAUGAUCUCGCUAAAGACUUCGAGAAAGUAACAGCGGCGCUCCGAGCGGGUGGCGUGGUCCCCGGCUCGGGGGUAGUUGCCCCCGUCGAGGGUGCGAGGCUGGCGGCGCGUCUACCGCUUCAGAAGUCUGUGUCCACGCCGAGCAUUGUCGCCGCCGUGCAACCGCAUCUCGCGCAGCCGCCGCCUAAUGUCGGCGGUAAUGCGGCCAGUGACUCGGAGAGCGACGACGCAUCGGCCGCUACUGUCGGCGCCGCGCAGCCGACGAGGCUCAGUACUGCGCAAGACCACCUUGGAUUGCAUCGCCUUACUUUCUUGGAACAAGCGGCUUUUGAUCACCACGCUGAGAAGAGGCGAAAACGGGGCAGCUUAUUCUUCAGGAAGAAGAAGGACAAAUCCCGCAAGACGGCGCAUGCGUGGUCGGCGGCGUGCUCCGGCGGUGACUGCGACUGGUGCGGCCGAGCGCUUGCUGACAAACCUGCGCUGUAUUGCGAUAAUUGUACAAAGACGGUGCAUCAGAAUGUAUGCAAAGACUACUUUGACUGCAAUAAGCCAAAACCAUCAAAGACAUCAGUGGCCAAAUCCCUGAGCGCGAAUAGUGGCAAGAGCAGCAAGCGCAGCUCAGUGUCUAGCCAAUCACAAAGCACCAAUAGCACCAGCCAUAUCUAUAACGACGACAAAGACGGCUCCGACCACAAGCAUGAUCAGAGCAACGCAUCAGACGACGCGGGCGUAUCAGAAUGGCCCGAGGUGUAUCUAACGCCCGAACAGUUGGGAGACGAAGCAAUACGCCUAGGACUUGGUGCUUGCGAACCCGAUACUUGGGCUGCAGGGGCACCUAAAGGCCUAGCCAAGCAAUUGGGCGACAGGGAGACGAAGCGACAAGAACACAUUUACGAGCUAAUAUUGACGGAGAAACAUCACUGUUUGACGAUCAGGCUGAUGCAGAAGAUGUUCGCAGAAGGCAUGGUCCGCGGCGCUGGCGUUUCGGCGGCACAAGCAGCCCGCAUGUUCCCGCGCGUGGACGAGCUGUGGGCGCUGCACGCGGCGCUGCUGGGGCGCCUGCGAGCUCGCCAGCGCCUCGCGCCGCACGUCGCCACCGUCGCCGACAUCCUCGCCGACACCUUCGCGCCGCCCGCGCAUCACAAGCUCAAGGCUGCGUACGGUGAAUUCUGUUCGCGUCACCGCGAUGCUGUCGAGGUGUUCAAAGAGUGCUGCACUCGAGAGCCGCGAUUAUCCAGGUUUAUACGCAAGUGCCAACAAAACCCAUUGCUCAGGAAAAAGGGUGUACCAGAAUGCGUACUAUUCGUCGCACAAAGGUUAACAAAGUACCCGUUACUGCUAGAACCAUUGUUAAAGACGGCGGGAGAUGAUGUCGCUGAGAGAGAACUGUUGCAGAAAGCGCUAUGCGGUGUUAAGGAAAUCCUAGUAGACGUAGACAAUCAGGUAGCUGCCAAAGAGCGUGAAGACCGCAAACUGGAGAUAUACCACCGCAUCGACGCCAAGUCCUUCGCUAACUUCAGAGGACGCAAGUUUAAGAAGAGCGACAUAUUGCAGGGGAAUAGGAGUUUGAAGUUUGAAGGCGUGGCGACUCUAAUGCAAGGGCGCAGCAAGAUGCAAACGCUCCUUGUAAUAGUAUUAACGGAUGUGCUGUUCUUCUUGCAUGACAAUAACAACAAAUAUACCUUCUUCACGCCUGAUAAUAAGACGGGCGUAGUAUCCUUAGUAAAGUUACUAGUUCGAGAGAAGGCGGGUGCUGAAGGCAGAGGAUUAUACCUAAUCUGUAGUGGACCUACUGAGCCUGAAAUGUUCGAGCUACGAGUGCACAGGCCCAAGGAUAUACAGACCUGGAUACAGGCUAUCAGAGCGGUAGUCCAAAGCUGUCCCGAAGAGGUAGAGGAAUCCGAGGUAGGAGCGACUGCGCCGUCCGCCGAAGAACGGCAGCGGCAACUCGACGCGAGGCAUGAGAAUAUAAGACUGAUCACUGAUGCGCUAAGAAGUAAAGAUAGGGAGCAUGCAACGUUACUGGAAGAGAAAAUGGCGCUACAGAUGAAACUAGUGGGCAUUACAGACGAGACGUGGCUUACGUUGCCACAUUCAGGUCAGUUGCGUAGCAGUACAGCAUUCCCGGGACUAGUAUUCCCGGACUACGUGCGACUGGCAGCGCCCUCUGCCGAUAAAUAUGCGCUAUGGCAGGACGUCUGCAAAGUUGUUACCGAUGCCUUAGAAGCCAGCAGCAUGCCGUGGCAGUGCGGCGGCUCCCUCGGGCGCAGCACGAGCUCUGCGGGCGAGCGCCACUCCGUCGCGUACGAGAGCCCCGCCCUGCCGCGCCGCGCCGACACCUUCGCUGGCUUCGACGCUAACAGGCAUAGAGGUGUAACUCUCCGAAUGUCGACGGACACUCCCACCGAGGGGGGAGAGCCCGAAGCGGAGCCGAAGUUACCCGAAGCGACCGACCGACCCGAACUGAGCGGCGAGGCAGUGCUCAAGCUACAGCACGCGAUAUACACGCUCACCUGCAUCGUGUGGCAGCAGAUGACGACCAUACAUAGUUUAGAAGCGCAAGUGAGCGCGUGGCGGUGGCAGGGCGGCGGCACCGCGCGGCCCGACUGGUCGGACGCGCAGCUGGAGGAGCUGCGCCACGCGCAGGCGCGGCUCACUAGGGACCGCGCCGCCUUCGACGCGCAGCGCCAGGCCGACCAUGCCGCGCUCGCUGCCGAACGCCAGCAGUUGCAAGCCGCGAGACAAGAGCUGGCCGAACAACAGAAAGACGUUGAACAACAACGGGAGAGGCUGUUCAGACAGUUGGAGAGGUUGCAGCAACAUGCCGGAGGUUCUCAAGAAGAAAUAGCGAGCGUCGGUACUCUGUCCCCAGACUCCAGUGUAAGCGAUACUACGCGGCGGAAAGAACCAAAAUGGCGGAACAACCGCGGUUCAACGGGGUCGGAGUCAUCAGUCAGCGCUUGCAGCGUCCGCAGCGGCGUGCUGCCGCCGCCGCAGCUGCUGUCUGCACAGAACGAGACGAGGGCCACUGUUGCAGCCUCUAACAUCUCCCAAAUGGUGAAACAGCAGCUCCCGUUAAAGCUAGCCAGUGGCAAGAGUCAGCAACCGCCUCCCGGCUACCAUCGACUACACGAAUCGCCUAGCGAGCAUCAGAACCAAGGUCUAGUGAUCCACCACACUCGCACGGGCAGCUCGCCCGCCCCGCUGCCCUCGCAGCAGCAGAUCAACAAUAAAGCCACCAGAACGAACACGUACCCGAAGCUCCCCGACAAGUUCCGAGUGCGGUCACCGGACAGCGCAGCCCCGGCGGCGCCGGCGGAGGAGGAGGUGAUCUUCUUCUGACAGGCGCCGCCCGCGCAGCCGCACACGCGCUCCUGAGACUGUCGCCUCUCAUAAGACCUUCCGACUUAUCAUACCCUGGUACUUUUCCUUCACGUAGUUUACGUACUUAGAUGAUUUUUUAAAUAUUUUUAGUUUAAUUCGUAAUCUGUGGUAGAGAUGAAUAUGGAUUUCACUGCACUCAGCUUAAGUCAAAGUGAAAGUCAUUUUUUUUUUAUUACAAACAUACCUUUAAAUACUAUUUCGAAACGUCAAACUAGUUGCACGGUUCCAAAGAAUUGGUCUCAUGGAGAAGAACCGGCAAGAAACUCUUUAAAAAUAAAAUGCUGCUAAAAAUCAAUGUAAAUACAAUGAUAACCAUUACUUAAUAAAAAGAUCCAGUUGCACUAUUUAACUUUAACGACAACCAAACUAUAACUAGCUAUAUACUUGACGGCCAUGGGUCAAGUUAGCGAUUGGACAACUGUAAAUUGUUCGGUUAUCAUUAUAGUUAACGGUGGGUCCGUCAAUAUUUCGAAUAGAUCGAAUAAAAAAUAUAAGUAGACUUGAUUUUACUGAGCUAUUUCUUUCUUUGUCUUUCUAAUGUAAUAACAUUGACAAGACGACAGAGACAAGAAUAAAGUUUGAAUCAAA